AGUUAGAUGCGUCUUCAUUCAGGAUAAGAACGCGCCCAAGUUCUCCUUGCAAGAGCCUUUUUACAUGAAUCAGUUGCGACUAGACUUACCCAUUAAUGUCUUACGUCCCGGCAAAGUUUGGGGCUCUUACAGACACUUGUCAUUAUCGCCGCCGGAACCCAUACCUGUGCAGUGCGGUUACGUCGCUCAAAGGAUCCGAGGUGAUAUGAGCACAAUCCGUUGGGUCGAAGGACGGACAUCUCCCAAACUCAGCCGCGAAAAUAUGAUACAUAAAAUUUACGCGGCACUGAAUUUUAGAGAUAUUAUGAUAGCUACUGGUAAACUGGCGUUGGAAUCCUUCCAAAUGAUUGAACGAGAUAUCGAUUCUUUCUUAGGCUUUGAAUUUGUCGGGUAUGAUGGGUUUGGACAAAGAAUAAUGGCGUUAUGCUCCGAUAGAGGAAUAUCAAAUGUUGCAAUCCAGGACCACGUUAUGUCUUGGGUUAUUCCCGAUGAAUGGACAUUCGAGGAUGCUGCCACAGUUCCGUGUGUUUAUGCCACAAGCUGCUACGCUCUCUACGAGAAAGGAAAAAUGAAAAGAGGAGACAAAGUUCUCAUUCAUUCGGGUACCGGCGGUGUUGGUCAAGCCGCGAUCCACCUCGCGCUGUACGAAAAGUGCGAAGUAUUCACGACAGUCGGAACUUUGAAGAAACGGCAAUUCAUUAGAGAAACUUUUCCUUCGAUCCUUGACGAUCAUAUCGGCAAUUCUCGCGACACAAGUUUCGAACAAAUGAUACUUGAGCAGACACGCGGUCGGGGAGUUGAUAUCGUAUUGAAUUCCUUAGCUGAGGAGAAACUUCAGGCGUCUAUUCGCUGCUUGGCAAAAGGCGGUCGAUUCUUGGAAAUAGGAAAAUAUGACUUGAUCGCCGAUAAUACUUUAGACAGAAUGAUUUUUGCGAAAGGCAUCAGUUUCCAUGCAAUUAUGUUAGACAAUAUAAUAAGUUCCGUCUCAAAGAAUUACGGAAUUAUAUAUAAUUAUAUGUUACAAUGUCUGAAAAAUGGCUCGAUAAAACCUCUUCCUAGGAAAGUCUUUGAAAAGACCGAAGUAGAAGAUGCCUUCAGGUAUAUGGCAACUGGCAAGCACAUAGGAAAGAUCCUGAUAAAGAUAUGCGAUGAAAACGAGCCAUUGAGUCUUCCUAUUCUCGCUUAUCCCCGAUUUUUCUGCAAGUCUCAUAUGUCCUACAUCAUUUUGGGCGGAUUAGGCGGCUUUGGUCUAGAAUUGGCCGACUGGCUUAUUCUUCGCGGAGCAAAGAAUCUUCUUCUCACUUCGCGGACAGGAUUGCGAAACGGUUACCAGCGCUCGAGGGUAGAAUUAUGGAAGUCCUACGGGGUGAAUGUGCAGAUUAUCGCGAGUGCUGAAGCGUCUGAUCACAAGGACGGCGUGUCCAUCCUGAACACUGCCAUUGAAAUGGGACCGGUGGACGCUAUAUUCAAUCUUGCCGUAGUGCUGAAAGAUUCUCUCUACAAGAAUCAGACAACUGAGUCCUUCGAGGAAUCAUUUAAACCGAAAGCAAUGGCGACGAAAACAAUGGACGAGUUGUCCAGGAAAAUGUGCCCUGACCUCCGAUACUUUGUUGUCUUCUCAUCCGUUUCGUGUGGCCGAGGAAACUCCGGCCAAACUAAUUACGGUAUGGCCAAUUCCAUCAUGGAGAGAAUAUGCGAGAGAAGAGUACAAGACGGAUUACCUGGGAUGGCUAUACAGUGGGGCGCGGUGGGUGAUGUGGGUCUCGUGGCCGAUAUGCAAGAGGACAAUAAGGAACUGAUCAUCGGCGGUACUCUACAACAGAAAAUACAAUCCUGUCUUCAGUCGCUGGACACUUUCAUGGUUCUAAAUAAGCCGAUCGUGGGUAGUAUGGUUGUGGCAGAGAAGCGCGCGACAUUUGGUGGAGUGAUGGACAUUGUGGAAACUGUAGCUAGUAUCAUGGGAAUAAAAGAUGUGAAAGCGGUUGGACUUCGCACUCCCCUGUCAGAGAUGGGUAUGGAUUCAAUGACGGCGGUAGAGAUCAAGCAAACGUUGGAGAAAGAAUUCGACGUUUAUCUUACCGCGCAGGACAUUAGAACUCUCACUUUGGAGAAACUCCACAAUAUGGCCGACAAAGACAAGCGUUUUGAGCAGAUUGAGACACUCGAUUCGGCGGGUAUAAAAUUUUUAAUUCGUUUAAUCAAUAAUUUAGACAUAGUUCCAGAUGUUUGCUUGGAGAUAACUACGAGAAAUAAAGUGGGCACAAAGCGGAUAUUUCUUCUACCAGGAAUCGAAGGUUGCGGGAGCGUAUUUAAUUCGUUGGCUUCGAAAAUCGAAGGUCCCGUGACAUGUUUGCAGCACGGAGCAAACAAUAUCCCCACGAGUGAAUCUGUAUUGCAGUCGGCUGCCAGUCUGUUACCUCAUAUAAUAUCAAAGAUGGAGGGUUCUGCGGAAUUCAUAAUAGUUGGGUAUUCAUACGGGUCGUUAAUCGCUAUCGAGUUGACGAGAUUGUUGGAGGCGAGAAAUUUCACAGGACGGUUAAUAUUAAUUGAUGGCACACCGGAUUAUAUGAAAACUCUGAAAGAUCAAUAUUUUCCUUUCACGAAUCUUCAGGAAUUUCAGAAUAAUGUUCUCCUAGGCCUUAUAGAUCUCUUCUACUCUAUCGAUAAUACAUCGGUUCUAUUAGAAUUGUCUAAACACGACACGUGGGAGAAAAAAUGGGAUGCUGUCGUCAAAUGUCUUUCAGACGAUAUUGUGCAAGUAACUUCUCUUGAAAAUUACAAGAUUUAUUGUACAACGGUUUAUAAGCAUCUGAUCGCUAUUCACGAAUAUGAUGCGUCCUCAUCACCGCCACUGAAAUCGCCUAUACUAUUACUAAAACCUACAACGUCCUACCUACCUUCUGCCGACGAAAAUAGCGACUUGAAAAAGGUGACUGAAGGUAACGUGCAAGUUCGUCGUGUCGAAGGUAAUCAUCUCACGAUGUUGGAAAAUGAUGAACUUGCUGAUAUUAUUAACGAAAUAUUAUCUUGAGAAGUUAAUCUUUAUAAUGUUACAAAAGUUCGUAAUUCUGUAAAUCGAAGGUAUCAAGGUGUGUGGAAAGGGAAGGAGGAUACGCAGAAUAUUUAUUGUAAACAAGGCAAUAAUAAAAUA